AUGGGAUUAUGUGAAAGUAGAGAGACAGAACAUAUAAGUAAGCAAAGAACUGAAAGUUCCAUUAAAUCUUCUCUUUCUUCUAAAGAUCAGGUCAAAUAGGAUACCCAUUAAUGGAACAGUGUUCCCUAUAAAUAUGAGACUGUGAUAAUAUAGGAUAAUUUGAAAACUAUCGCAGAGGAAAGUAUUAUACAAUAAGAUCGGUCAAUUUAAUACUAAUCUACAGCUACAUCACCCCAAGCUUCAAAAGAUAUGAAAUAGGUUUCUCAAUAGAUUCCAUUGAUGAUAAAAAAUCCUGCUGGCACUUGGAGUUUAUAGGCACAUGUCAUAAAACAUGGAGGAAUGUAUGAAGUAUCAGUGGGUAAGGAAUGCAUAGAGAUGUAUGAAGAAUGGGAAUUCAUUUUAAGUCAUGAUGGUCCUAUAGUAAAUUAAGAUAGAUUUGUGGUAAUACGAAGUACCUAUUAAUCUUUAGUUACGUCAUUUGUUGACAGAAAGUCUGUUGGUGGCUGAAGAGACUUUGCAAGGAGAGUACAAAGUUGGUUCUAUAGCUAGUAAAACAAUGAAAGAUUAGGCUAUGUGGUAAUUAGAAAUAGGUACAGAUAUUCUAUGUGAAAAUACAUUCGUUAGUAACUUAAUUUAUUCUAAAGUAGAAUUACGUCAUGGAUAAUCUAAGUUAUAUUUGUCAAGAACAAAUGAAAAUGGUUCAAUGGAGAAUCAUAGAAGAGUAGCGCUAACUAAAUUUGAUCCAAUCAAUAGUUUUUGGUUAGUCAAAUUAAAAUGA